AUGUCCCGCUCGACGGAGUUGGGUCUGAAACGCUUUUGGUCAGCUGUCAAAACUUCUAACAGUAGUAGUUCUCAAGGCGACCACGAUUCACCAAAUCAUGAAGCCAAGUCAGGACCUAACUGCUCAUUGCCUUUACUUCAGGUCUGGCCGAGUUCGGACUCACCCCGCGGCGAGGCCGACGGGCAGAGCUUCGUUUUUCCUGAGUACGCUGACGACAACGUUUCGCAACAUUCAACCUGUCUGGACGUGAUCAAUCACACGGAUUCUGGCAUUGAUUCAACACAAGUAUCCCCAUUGCCUCCACCUGUCAUAACCUCUCCAAUACCCUCACCGACUCCAAGUGGCAGAAGACCAAGCAGCACCCUGCUCCAUCCGGACCAUGCCAGACUUUUCCGACUGUAUCCAGUGUCGUCGCCUGAUCAGACCUCCAUAGAGGAUAUUUCCGAUCACCAGAAUAAUCCAGGACUGUCGCCGUCGUCUUCUACUACGUCAUCACUGACAUCGGUGGCUGCAGCCGGCAACUCCCUUGCCGGUAACUCCCUGGCAAGCAACUCCACGGACAGCCGUCGUCGUUCCUCCACCAUGACAACUAGAUAUUCCCUCUUCGACGCUCUUGACCUCGAAUACGCCCUCCUCAGAGCCGCAGCUAGGGGCAGCGUGGGUCCAUACUCACUCAGCGAGAGCCUGCACAAACUCACCUUCACUCAGAGCCUAGCCUUCCCAGCACUGGCUCGAGGACUGGCCGGUAAACGAAGGAGAUCACAGCAAAACAACAAUAGCACACCUCUGGAUACUGGUGAUAGUGGAUUGAACGCUUUCGCCAAAGUGAUCACUGUGCUGGUGCUGGUGUUGGUGAGCGUUUUAGUGUUCGCGGUGGUGUACAAGUUUGUGAGGACGUGAGGGUUACUUCUGGCUCCCGGAGGAGCAAGAAACAACAGGUUUGUGAUUGGGAGGAACACAAGUAGUGACGGUCGAGGUGUUAAUGGGUUUUUGUAAGACUUAAUUGAGUUUUUGGUUGUUAG